GGUAUUUCAUUUCAUUUCCCUUCAUCACUAAACCGCGUUUCGCUUUGAAUGAAACCCAAAAUAAUAACAGUGUUGAUUAACCCAAAGUCUUGAAACUUGAAAGCUCUGUUGCUUAAUCUUUACCAGCAUCACUUUCCUUCUCGUUUUCCCUUUCGCCGCAAUGCCAAUCAUCUGAAAUUUCUUUAUCAAAGGAACUCAGAAGUGAAAGCUAAAACUUAAACAGAACACACUUGUCUCUCUUUUUCUUGUUCUGUUUUUUGGAAAAACGAUAAUGCGUUCCGUUUUCUAUGUUGCCGCCGUUUUGCUUCUUCAUUUCUCGCUAACGGCGACGUUUUGCGACGGUAUUCGGACCAUUGGAGGGGGAGAUGGGUCCCGGUUCGAGUUCUCGGAGGCACCGGAAUACCGUAACGGGGUGGAAUGUCCGGUUUCUGCCAACAAAGAAGCGGUUUCCUCUUGCGAUCAGGAUUUGGUUCACCUGGCGAUGACGCUGGACUCCGAGUACUUGCGUGGAUCGAUCGCCGCCGUCCACUCCGUCCUCCGCCACGCUUCGUGCCCCGAAAACGUCUUCUUUCACUUCAUUGCCGCCGAGUUCGACCCGGCGAGUCCGAGAGUCUUGAGCAAACUCGUCCGAUCCACGUUCCCUUCACUCAACUUCAAAAUCUACAUCUUCAGGGAAGACACGGUAAUCAACUUAAUCUCUUCUUCAAUCCGUCAAGCCCUCGAGAACCCACUCAACUACGCCCGGAACUACCUCGGAGACAUCCUAGAUCUCUGCGUUGACCGAGUGAUUUAUCUCGACUCGGACCUGGUCGUCGUCGACAACAUUCACAAACUCUGGAACACGACCCUGACAAACUCACGUGUGAUUGGAGCACCCGAGUACUGCCACGCCAACUUCACAAAGUAUUUCACGGACACGUUCUGGUCCGACCCGGUGAUUUCCCGGGUAUUCCAUUCGAGGAAGCCGUGUUAUUUCAACACGGGGGUUAUGGUGAUGGAUUUAGUCCGGUGGAGAGAAGGGAAUUACAGGAAAAAAAUAGAGAACUGGAUGGAAAUUCAGAGGAAACGAAGGAUUUACGACUUGGGUUCGUUGCCGCCGUUUCUGCUCGUAUUUGCCGGGAAUGUGGAAGCCAUUGAUCACAGAUGGAACCAACAUGGGCUCGGCGGCGACAAUGUACGAGGUUCUUGUCGGUUGUUGCAUACAGGUCCGGUGAGUCUGUUGCAUUGGAGUGGGAAAGGGAAGCCCUGGGUUCGACUGGAUGCCAGAAACCCAUGUCCGGUCGAUCAUCUCUGGAAACCGUACGAUCUUUACAAGGGAGGUUUAAUCAAGGAUCAGUCUUCUUUUUCUUCUUCGAUAUUCUUGGGAUUUUCUAGUUAUUUGUUAUGAUUCUUUUUCUUUGUUUCUUUGUUCUGCAUACAGAUUGAAUUCUUUUUCUUUUCUGGGUCAUUAUUUUCAUAUGGGUAUCAAUUCCUUUCGUUCAUCAGACGGGUUCCAUGAUUAUGGAACAAUUUUGGUUGGUUGGGUUGAUUUCUUUGAAUGUAAUUGG